AUGAGACUAGGAGAGGACGUAGAUCUCAGAAAAAUCGCAGAGGAAACCGAGCUCUUUACUGGCACAGAGCUGGAGGGUCUGUGCAGAGAAAGCGGAACAGUCUCUCCUAGAGAAAACAUUGCAGCAACGGCUGUGUAUAAUCGCCAUUUCUUAACCGCAAAGAAGUCGCUUAAACCUGCAUUGACAGUUGAAGAAGUUGAAGCUUAUUCAUCAUUCAUGAAGUGA